CUUCACAUCCAUCAAUCCGCGUUCAGUCCAGACUGCCGACAGACAUAGUGGAAGUUGAUUAAGCACGCUUUAGCCUUAAAAAAAUCUCAGUUGCAAUUGAACCGAACACACAAACAUGGUACGAAGACCGAUCGUCGUACAUCUCGGAUCUAUAACAGCCAUUUUAUUGGUGAUUUUGACCUCCGGAAUACGUUUUUCGGAACCCAGUUCGUUAAAUAACUUCCGGUUGCAAGUGUUGGACCAGUCUGAUGAAUUCAACGGAAUUAAUCUAUCGCAGCGCUUAACUGCCCGAAACUUUGCUAAACAAUUGAACACGUCGCAGAAUUUCUUGGUACUAUUCUAUUUACCCUGGUGUGAAUAUUGCCUCAAGCUGCUACCGAUUUGGGAAGAUUUGGCCAACAUGAUCGAGCAACAGGCGAUACCGCAAAAGUUACUCCAUAUAGGACACAUGGAUUGCAUAGCAGAGGAAGAGUUCUGCGCACAACUGAAAGUGGGCGAGUGUCCCGAAGUUCGAGCCUACAAACGUGAUGCGCCUGAAGGCUACGAAAUAGUUUAUCCCAGUGACUUGGAGGAUACCGUUGAAUAUUUGCAAGAAUAUGUUCUGAACCCCGAAGAGGAUAGUCCCAGUUUUGGGUUUCGAUAA